UCACUUCCACAGCCAUCAAUAUGGGUGUCACCAAGAAAGUUCUCCAGCCCGGCAACGGCGUCGACAAGCCAAAGGCCGGCGACAACGUCACCAUGGUCUACACCGGCUGGCUCGAGGACACGAGCGCAGCGAACGGCAAGGGCAAGCAGUUUGACUCGUCGGUUGGCCGUGGCGACGGAACUUUCCCGGUGAAGAUCGGGACGGGGCAAGUGAUUAAGGGCUGGGAUGAGGGCAUCCUCAGCGCUGAUGGCGGUAUGACUCUGGGCGAGAAGUCGACGCUGACGAUCACUGGGGAUUACGCUUACGGGCAACGCGGGUAUCCGGGACUGAUCCCGCCGAUGGCCACUCUCAUCUUCGAUGUGGAGCUCAAAGGUAUCAACGGCAAAAAGGCUUAGAUGGUCACGUGAAAUUUCGGAGACGGCAAAAACACC